AACAAUACAAAUACAAACAAAACAAAAAAAAAAAAGACAUUAAUACCGUAUUUGAAGGGGUCAAAGUAAUUUCAUAUGCAAAAGCACAAAAAUGGUCAAGGAGUUUGUUCUUUAAUUCUUCUAUCGUCAGUCCAAAUCAAGCACACGGCUACCACUUCUUCCAAAACAUGUUCAACCCUUUCACAUGCAUUAAAUUCAACUAUACAAGUAAAACCCAUUUAUUUAAUUCCUUUAACCAUAUUGCCAGUUCCUUACAAUCUUAACUACUAUAUAUAAGCCUCCCCCCAAGCCUUCCUUCUUACAAAAGCAACAACAUUUACAACAUACAUCUCUUAACCAAACGACAAGUAGUUAAUUCAGCUUUCCAUUAAUCAGACAGUUAUAGCCAUGCAAUACCGUUCGUCCCUUGUGAAGCUCGAACGCCAACUUUUCAACAAAUAUCGACAAACCCAGAUGACGAAUCGUGUCCUGCAACCUUGUGAUGUGUUCAUCAACCACAGGGGCACCGACACGAAGCGCACGGUGGCUACAUUGCUGUAUGACCAUCUGUCUCGGCUGAAUCUGAGCCCGUUCUUGGAUAACAAGAACAUGAAGCCGGGUGAUAAGUUGUUCGAGCAUAUUAAUGAAGCAAUAAGGCAGUGUAAGAUAGGGGUGGCGGUGUUCUCUCCUCGUUAUUGCGAGUCAUACUUCUGUCUCCAUGAACUUGCUCUAAUGAUGGAGACUAAGAAGAAGGUUAUCCCUAUCUUCUGUGACAUUAAGCCAUCGGAGAUUCGCAUUGUCGACAAGGGGCUAUGCUCUGAAGAAGAGAUUAAAAAGUUUAACUUGGCAAUUGAGGAAGCCAAGUACACCGUUGGGCUUACAUUCGAUUCCUUAAAAGGGAACUGGUCGGAAGUGGUAACAAAUGCAUCGGAAAUUGUCAUCGACAGCUUAAUUGAAAUUCAGAAUGAAAAGCAUAUCCGUCGCCGGAAGAUUCAAAUGCCCUCUCAGUUCAUACUUUCUCCUUCAUCGGCCAUGAAAAAUCGAAUAUGAAAGGCGAAUACGUAUAAAUGACAGCACCCUCACAAGCUUGCGGGUUUAUCUUAACACCGGUUGUUCCAUUAUUUUAUUCUGUUAAUAAAUUACGACAUCAAUUCGUCCAAUUUUAUAUUUAUAUUUGUUCC